AUGCUUGGAGGAAUAUCACGGACAAAAUUUGCCCCAGCGGCGAAAAGCUGCCCCUUUAUUUUCACAAGAUCAGCAGGGGUGAAGAGUGAUGCAGUACCUCGGAAAUGCUUUCACGUCGCUGCACGAAACUUAUCUUUGAAGCCUAAAGUACCUCUUAUCUCAACAAGGCAAUUUCGAUCAAAUGCGUCAGGUCGAGCAGCAGUAACCGACCUUCCUAUGUUCCAUGAUGGACCUGUCCCAGCACCAUACGAGCCUCCAAAUACAGCAAAAGUACCUGGAUUACCAGUCUAUGAUGCUUCCCUUACUGACAGGGCCGCGUACUGGCAAAAGAUUCCUCGCUGGGCAAAUGUCACAGAAGCCCAAUUCUUAAAAUACAAGUUUCAUACAAUCCAUACCAUAUCCACUAUAAUGCAGUUAGAAGUUUUUAUGUUGGAAGUUUUGCCCCCAGUCCUUCGAAGACACCCCGAUUUUCCCGGAAUUGUCACUCGCGAGGACUUCAUCGAGGACGUCAAGGAAGGGAUCAAGUUGGCACCUAUGUCGAUUCGCUUACCACCUCAUGUUCUCAGUAUCAUCGACUGGGAAAAUCCGUUUGAAGAUCCCAUUCGUCGCCAGUUUAUACCUAUGAAGUCAAGUAAGCUUGAAGAUCAUCCCAAAGUUGAGUUGGACUCAUUGCAUGAGUCUGAUGACUCUCCGGUGGAAGGCUUCGUUCAUAGGUACUAUGAUAAAGCUUUAUUCUUAGCAACAUCAACCUGUCCUCUAUACUGUCGUUUUUGUACUCGUUCAUGGUCUAUCGGGCCUGAUAUGCAAAACGUUAAGAAAACCACAUUUAAGCCUCAACGAAAACGUUGGGAAGACAUUUUCACUUACAUUGAAGACACCCCUCAACUCCAAGAUAUAGUUGUUUCUGGCGGAGACUGCUAUAUCUUAACCGCUGAUAAUCUUCGUCUAAUCGGCGAACGACUUAUUUCUAUUCCUCAUAUCAAACGAUUUAGAUUUGCCACGAAAGGUCUUGCUGUUUCUCCUGCGCGGAUCCUUGACGAUAGCGAUGGAUGGGCAGCUGAGAUGAUUAGACUCUCAGCAUUGGCUAAGAAGGCCGGAAAGAGUAUGGCUAUUCAUACACAUUUCAAUCAUCCCAAGGAGAUGACCUGGGUUUCAAAAAUGGCACUCCAAAAAUUACACGAGAACAAUGUUACCGUGAGAAACCAAACUGUCCUACUCAAGGGUGUCAACGAUGAUGUGGCCACCAUGAGUAGCCUCAUUAAAACUGUGGCCGACAACAACGUCAUUCCCUACUAUGUCUAUCAAGCUGACAUGGUGCAAUACGUGGAAGAUCUCCGGACACCACUCUCCACAAUUCUUCAACUCGAACGUCAUAUCCGCGGUUCUAUUGGUGGUUUCGUAACACCCAACUUCGUCGUUGAUCUUCCUGGUGGUGGCGGUAAACGUCUUGCCGCAUCAUACGAUACCUACGAUCCCAUUACUGGGCGCUCAACCUUCACUGCACCCGCAGUCACCGGUAAAAACAAAGAAAACAGAGUCUACGAAUACUGGGAUCCAUUACAUUCUCUCCCAAAAUCAACCUCGUCCUCCUAG